CUUCCUAAGACCCUAGUCUCUUUUGCUGUUGUCGUCUCCUCAACGCAACAUCAUUAUCACCAUCACUAUUUAAACCCCUCUUAACCCUUUUCCUCGUGUUCACUUUUUCCCCAAUCUCACACCUACCUUGCUAUCUCCGUUCAACUACCUCAUCGUCUUCUUCCUCCUCGAUCAUGUCUCACUUCAAGGGCAAGUACCAUGAUGAGCUUAUUGCAAAUGCUGCCUACAUUGGCACUCCUGGAAAGGGUAUUCUUGCUGCUGAUGAGUCGACAGGUACGAUUGGUAAGCGUUUGGCCAGCAUCAAUGUAGAGAACGUUGAAUCCAACAGGCGUGCUCUUAGGGAGCUUCUUUUCACUGCUCCUGGUGCUCUUCAAUACCUCAGUGGAGUCAUCCUCUUUGAGGAAACCCUCUACCAGAGCACAGCUUCAGGCAAGCCCUUUGUUCAGUUGUUGACGGAGGCUGGUGUGCUUCCUGGUAUCAAGGUUGACAAGGGCACCGUUGAGCUUGCUGGGACCGAUGGGGAAACCACCACUCAGGGUCUGGAUGGCCUUGGUCAGCGUUGUGCCAAAUACUAUGAAGCAGGUGCACGAUUUGCCAAAUGGCGUGCCGUGCUAAAGAUUGGUCCCAACGAGCCAUCAGAGCUCUCCAUCCAUGAGAAUGCCUAUGGCUUGGCCAGAUAUGCUGUCAUAUGCCAGGAAAAUGGGUUGGUUCCCAUUGUUGAACCCGAGAUCCUUGUUGAUGGACCUCAUGACAUUCACAAGUGUGCCGCUGUCACCGAGCGUGUCCUUGCAGCAUGCUACAAGGCUUUGAAUGAUCACCAUGUUCUUCUUGAGGGAACUCUGUUGAAGCCAAACAUGGUGACACCUGGAUCUAAAUCUGCAAAGGUUGCUCCUGAGGUGGUUGCUGAACACACUGUUAGAGCCCUGCAGCGAACUGUGCCUGCUGCAGUUCCUGCGGUAGUUUUCUUGUCUGGUGGACAGAGUGAGGAGGAGGCAACCCUCAACCUCAAUGCCAUCAACCUGGUUAAGGGGAAGAAGCCAUGGACACUCUCUUUCUCUUUUGGAAGGGCACUUCAACAGAGUACCCUUAAGGCAUGGAGUGGAAAAGAUGAGAAUGUGAAGAAGGCUCAAGAAGCCUUAUUGGUAAGAGCCAAGGCUAACUCGGAGGCAACUCUUGGAGCCUACAAGGGCGAUUCAAAGCUUGCUGAGGGUGCCUCAGAGAGUCUCCAUGUUGAGGACUACAAGUUUUCGGUCCUUCAACCUCAACUGCUCGGCCAUCCAUGGCCUCAAGUACGAUCGUCAUAUCGUACGCUCGUCAAUGUCGCCCCUAACAUCGAUCAUCUUAAUAGCGAUGUUAUUUUGUUUGCAGAUGAGCUUAUUGCAAAUGCUGCCUACAUUGGCACUCCUGGAAAGGGUAUUCUUGCUGCUGAUGAGUCGACAGGUACGAUUGGUAAGCGUUUGGCCAGCAUCAAUGUAGAGAACGUUGAAUCCAACAGGCGUGCUCUUAGGGAGCUUCUUUUCACUGCUCCUGGUGCUCUUCAAUACCUCAGUGGAGUCAUCCUCUUUGAGGAAACCCUCUACCAGAGCACAGCUUCAGGCAAGCCCUUUGUUCAGUUGUUGACGGAGGCUGGUGUGCUUCCUGGUAUCAAGGUUGACAAGGGCACCGUUGAGCUUGCUGGGACCGAUGGGGAAACCACCACUCAGGGUCUGGAUGGCCUUGGUCAGCGUUGUGCCAAAUACUAUGAAGCAGGUGCACGAUUUGCCAAAUGGCGUGCCGUGCUAAAGAUUGGUCCCAACGAGCCAUCAGAGCUCUCCAUCCAUGAGAAUGCCUAUGGCUUGGCCAGAUAUGCUGUCAUAUGCCAGGAAAAUGGGUUGGUUCCCAUUGUUGAACCCGAGAUCCUUGUUGAUGGACCUCAUGACAUUCACAAGUGUGCCGCUGUCACCGAGCGUGUCCUUGCAGCAUGCUACAAGGCUUUGAAUGAUCACCAUGUUCUUCUUGAGGGAACUCUGUUGAAGCCAAACAUGGUGACACCUGGAUCUAAAUCUGCAAAGGUUGCUCCUGAGGUGGUUGCUGAACACACUGUUAGAGCCCUGCAGCGAACUGUGCCUGCUGCAGUUCCUGCGGUAGUUUUCUUGUCUGGUGGACAGAGUGAGGAGGAGGCAACCCUCAACCUCAAUGCCAUCAACCUGGUUAAGGGGAAGAAGCCAUGGACACUCUCUUUCUCUUUUGGAAGGGCACUUCAACAGAGUACCAUUAAGGCAUGGAGUGGAAAAGAUGAGAAUGUGAAGAAGGCUCAAGAAGCCUUAUUGGUAAGAGCCAAGGCUAACUCGGAGGCAACUCUUGGAGCCUACAAGGGCGAUUCAAAGCUUGCUGAGGGUGCCUCAGAGAGUCUCCAUGUUGAGGACUACAAGUACUGAGAAAAGUUGGUUCUCUUUAGUGCGGGGUAGGAAUCGGGUGACAACCGAAUUUCUUGCUAAUGAGUAUUGUGGUUUGACUCCUCCCAGAAUAAUCGUUUGAAAUUUUGCUUUUUUGUUUUAGUGUUCUGCAAUAUCAUUUUAGUUUCAAUGUAUUGGUCAAACAUGCGCAAAUGGAGGGGAUUUUAAUUUGUUUUCUUGGAAGACACCACCUUUCUAAACGAAGCUUUGUGUUUACUUACAA